AUGGCGAUGAUGAUGACUGGCCGUGUGCUGCUGGUGUGUGCCCUCUGCGUGCUGUGGUGCGGUGCCGGCGGUGGCUGUGAUGACACACCGCAGGCUUCGCCUUCUGACUCUGGUGGCACGGUUGUUGGUACUGGUGCUGGCCAAAGUGGUGAAGCUGACAAUGCCGUUUGUGGUGUUGGCCCGAGUGGAAGUUCUUCUGGAAGUGGUGUUAAAUCCAUGGUAUCCGCUUCUUUUUCCGCCUGUACGCUUUCACCCCCCAAUCCCGUUGACGGUGAUGUUUUGCAGGGCGGCAAGGGUACGACAGCCACCCUGAGCAUGGAUUCCUCAGAAAAAAGCGUUAAGCCACAAUCAGCGGAACCUCCAGCACCCGCACAACCCAACUUGGAUAGACAAGAGGCGUCAACAUCUAAUGCAGAAAACCACUCCCCUAUUAAGCCACACACCGCAGGAAAUGAAGUUGUUAGUGGCGGUGCAACUGGAAAGGAGAACACGCAGAGGGCCGCAGUGACGGGAGGACCUUCCAGCGACACACGAUCAACAACACUGCAAGCAGCUCCGCAAGAACAGCCAAAAACAGAACUAAUAAUAGUGCCCGCAGGAAAAGAAUUACAAAUUUCAACGGAGGAAAUGCACCAAACGUCACCGUCAGAAGCCCAAAAGCUCCUUUUGGGACAAGAAACCCCUUCAAAGGAUGACGCGGAAGAUCAAAACACUGAGGGCACAGCAGCAUCGGAUUCGGUGAAGGACGAAGCUGCCAGCAGCUUGGUGGAAACAACAGCUCCACCCAUCUCUACAAGUGGCGGUGCUGAUACAAAGAGUGUAGCGAGUGAGGAUGCUGAUAAUGCUCAGCAGCCCAAUCAUAAAGAAGCACACAAAGACCCCGAGCCUCAAAAUACGAGUCCUGCCUUUACAACCACUGAGGCACUGCCACAAACGGCAAUACCACUCACUACCGCUCCAACAAAUGAUAAUACGACACCUGGCGAUAGUGACAGCAGCACCGCGGUCUCCCACACCACCUCCCCUCCUUUGCUUCUUCUUGUUGUUGCGUGUGCCGCUGCUGCGGUGGUGGCCGCGUGA